AUUACUCAUUCAUUGUCUUCUAGUGUCUGCUAGUUAGUCACUACAUUCCUAGGCUCUUUUUUUUUCCAAAAAUCUAUAUUUGCGAAAAAAAAGAUAUGUCUGCUACUUUCAAUCUCUGUAAUCUGCCAUAUCUUCCAAUGAAGAAUGCACUCCAAAACAUGUCCAUCCUGGAUCUCACAAAAAUCUCCAAGGAUUCCACGAAACUUCAAAACUUCGUCAAAUUCGAGAGAGUGAAAACCGGAGGACUCGACGUGUACAUGUCCGAAUACUCUUGGAACACGAAAGAAGCGGGAACCAUGUCGAUUUGUGAUGUCAGCGAAAAUACAAGUCUCGACUACAGAUCAAACCAUCAGCAAUUGCUGAAGUCCUGGAUCUCAUCCACGGAGAAGAUCGCCCAACUUUUUCCAACGACUCUGAGAACAUUCCAAGUGACACCACCAAUGAUCGCAGCGAUUCUGGAUUUGGAGACAGCAAUUCCAAAAACAUGUGACGUACUCAUAAUUCAAAAUUAUGUGCCAGCGGAAAUGGACAGGUAUCAAGAGUCGGUGGAUCAGUUCAUGGAGAAGUGUCAUAUUCGGGAAGGAGUCGUGUUGCACCAUGAAGUGUAUACGAAUAGUCCAAAAAUGUUCCAACUCGACUAUCUGUCAGUGACCCACUCCGAUUGGAUGGUACCAUCGGAUCUCGAGGAAAUGGAGAACAAGAUCGUCUAUCUCGACAAAAGCGAUUUCUACGACUCGGAUAUGAACCAAUUCCUGCGAGAACUCAAAAGCGGAUCAUCUCACAGUCGACUCCAGAUUCUAUCGAUCCAAGGCAACUCGUGGCAAAACUACUGGGAUCCAUCGGAUGUGCUGGAGGGCCUUAACGCCGAGCUAUGGAACCAAACGGAGAGAAAUCAGCAUUACUUUCUUAAUGCCGAGCAUCGAAAGAAUUUCAAAAAGAUCGCGGAUCACUUCUAUCCAGAUCAAGAGGACGGUUUUGGAGCAGAACUGGAGCACGGCGUCGACUUAUCAGAAGCUUUCGAUUUUCUCAAGAACGAUGGUACUCGGGUCAGCGUACGAUUUGAUGAGUUGAUUCUUCAAGUUUUCGUGUGGCCCAACGAGAAACCAUCAAGAAAGCGAAAAGCUCAGGAACAAGGAUCGAUUGCCAAAAGGUUUUGCUAAUAUUUAUUUUCUGUUUCAACUGUAAAAAUUUUCGUCUUUUGUAACUUUGAUUUUCGUGUUUUAUCUGUACUUUUUUACUAAUACUAAUGUAAUACCAAAUUUUUAAGUUUCCCGUAUUAUAUUACUUAAUUCUAAUUUUAAUUAUAAUAUUGUUUAGUUUUUUUCAUUUAAUUUUGAAUACUAAUAAAUUUUGGAAUUUU